AGAAACCCUCGAAAUGUUGUACCACCACCAGACAGAGUCACUGCGUAUGAAGAGUCUCUGCAUGUAUGACAGCUCACAUUGAAUGCUAAGUUCUUACACUGAUAUGUUUGUCCAGGUUCAUAGUAGUAUAUAGUUAUACCGUCAUCGUACAAGUCAAAGAUUGACAGAUCGAGUGUAUAAGGCGAGGACGAUGAUUGGGGUGACCCUCCAUGACCAGGAGUUAAUGAACUACAUGCUGUAGAUGGUGCUCCUGAAGAGUAAGCAUCAGCUGAACCUCCAAACAGUAACAGCAGGAGAACCGCCAGCCUCUUCAUGCUGUGUUGAACUGUUUCUUCUCCAGCUGACCAACGUUCUCCCUCUGCAGCAGUCACGUCAAUCUUCGGCUUUACAGCAGCCUAAAUGCACUUCGACUGUGCAGAGUACUACAUGAAACCACAAUGUGCGCAUGCGCCGUCCACAAGCUUUCCGAUGUGACAUUAUGUGUGGGAUUUUUGCCUGUCUCUGCAAUACUACGGGACGAGAUGGCAAAGGAUUCAUAAAGGUCAUCAACACAGAAACAAUCAGUACCCCUUUCUUUUAUUAUACUAUAGGAGGUGGUGCUGGGAAGACUCCAAAGGCGGGGCCCAGACUGGCUGCACGAGGUGUGUCUUCCGGUGGGUGGAGGUGGGCUCCAGUUGGAGCUCCUGGGAACUCUCCUCAGGAUGAGAGGAGAGCUCACCCCAUUGCCCCUGGGUAACGAGGCAGGUGAUUGGCUCCUGUGGAAUGGAAACGUUUUCGGGGGUGACAUCCAGAUUGCUCCGGGCGAAAAUGACACUGUGAAGGUCCUUCAAGAGCUAAGCUCUAAACACACACACUCAGAGCUCCUGGAAACCCUUGCCUCCAUACACGGACCAUGGUCAUUUGUCUUCUGGCAGGCCUCAAGCCAGAGUCUGUGGUUUGGUAGAGAUGUGUUUGGUCGUCGCAGUCUUGUCUGGCACCUCCCACAUUCACCAGACGACUCUCUCGUCCUCUCCUCGGUCGGACACUUUGACCACACUACCACUACACCCGACUACUGGCUGGAGGUUCCAGCUGUGGGGAUAUACAGACUCUCCUGCACUGGGAUCGCAACCAUGGAGUCAGCUGCUCUGGAGUGCUAUCUGUGGAAGCAAGGAGAAAGUACGUUUCAGUCAGAGCAAGUCAUUGCUGAUGAGCUGGGCUCACUGAAAACUUGUCUCACCGUCACCUCAAUCAAAGAGGACCACCCCCUCGUUUACUUUCCAUCAAUUAACUCAACAAAAGAUGUGGAUCCACCACCACACCCCUUGGCAGACUCUAGCCAUCCUCAGGAAGACACUCGCGCUGCUGAAGCAGUUUCUACAACCGACUCUCAAUCAAGUACUGAUCCACCACUACUGCCUAGUGAAAGAGUUGGACCUCGGUGUGCUAGGCAACCUCCUGCUACCACCAUCUCCUAUGGAGAACAUGUGGAGAGGUUUCUGGACAUACUCCAGGCUGCAGUCCAGCGUCGCGUGUCAAGAGCUCCGCCAGUGAGCUGGGGGAAGAGGCAAGUCACCAAGGUCAAAGGUUCAGUUAAGCUGGGAGAUGACGCUAGGACGGAAGGAGGCACUAGUGGAUUGGGAGUUGACCGUGAAGGUGUCCUGGAAGGUCAUGCCAGAGUUGCUGUCUUGUUUUCCGGUGGUGUUGAUUCUGCAGUGCUAGCUGCUAUAGUUGACAGGUGCCUGGAUCCUGAAGAAGAGAUUGAUCUCAUUAACGUAGCAUUUGAGCAGAAGCAUCUACCAGAUCUGACCCCACCAGGUUUGAUGUUCCUGACCGGAUCUCCGGUCUGGCCUGCUUACAAGAAUUGAACCGAGAGAGGAAAUGGAAUUUCGUAAUGGUGAAUGUCACACUAGAUGAAGUCAACAAAAUGAGGAGUGAGGUAAUAUCCCAGCUGGUGUACCCCCUCAACACGGUCCUGGACGACAGUAUAGGCUGUGCUCUCUGGUUCUCAUCCAGAGGCCUUGGCAUUCUCCACUCUGGUGGCCCUGGCUCCAAGUCUGGACCACCACGCUACCAAUCAUCAGCCAGGGCACUGCUAGUGGGGAUUGGAGCUGAUGAACAAUUGGCUGGAUAUGCCCGCCACCGCACCAAGUUUAGGACUAGUGGUGUGGCUGGAGUCAUCAGGGAGGUGGAGAUGGACAUAAAGCGACUGGCAAAGAGAAAUUUCGGCAGAGAUGACAGCUCUUCCAGACGAGUGGGAGAGAUCCGAGACGAACGGCGGGAUACCCUACUACAUAAACCACCGUGAUGGAACUACUCAGUGGGAGCACCCAGCCCUCUCGUCGCUGCUCUCCGAUGGCUUUGGUGAAAUCAACCGCUUCAAGUACGCAGCAUACAGGACUGCAAUGAAGUUGAGAGAAGUUCAAAACGGGACCCAGUUGUGCAAUGUGAACCUGGGGACCCUGGAGAGAGCAUUCCGAGAGCUGGGUUACCAUCGCGACCAGAGCAACGAGGUCCUCCAGGUGGUGGAGGUGGAGGCCUUACUCACCAAGGUCUUCAACAACGCCAGAGAGGACGGCCCAGGAGGCUACAACUAUUCACUGCUUCCCUCAUGGGCCAUCAGUAAAGUGAUGAAGAAACAGGCAGGACGGCCAGAAAUUGAGCCAGAGCUGUACACGGAUAUCACCCUCAGUUGGAUCCUCAAGUGCUACGACAGUGGGCGGACAGGUGUGGUGAAGGUACACUCUCUAAUGAUUGGACUUGUGGCUUUGUGCCAUGCCACGAUUCAGGAAAAGUAUGCCUUUGUCUUUGACUUGAUGAGUAGUGACCAGAACCAAAUAUCUUUCUCAAACCUUAAAAUCAUCAUACAAGACCUUCUGCAGCUACCUCACAAUGUUGGAGAGACUAAAGUGUUUUCUGUGGAUGCUGCUGCUGACACGGCAAAGAGCUGCUGGAACUAUAAUGGGAAGCAGACACUGGAGUAUGUGACGAGAGAUGAGUUCUGGAUGUGGGUUAAGAGAGAGCCGGUCUCGCUUGUCUGGUUCCCCACUCUCUACCGCAUCGCCACCUCUGAAACUGUGAAGCAUGAGGCAACAUGUAGUGUAUGCAAGACCUUCCCCAUUGUGGGCAUAAGGUACCGAUGUUUGAAGUGCAGUAACGUGGACAUCUGCCAGGUAUGCUUCUGGAGGCAGAGCAAUACAGUGAAAGACCACAAGAUAACACAUCCCACAAGAGAGUACUGUCUUGCUACAACGACGGGAGAUGAUGUGAAGGACUUUGCAAAGCAGCUCAAGAACAAGCUGACUCGCAAGUAUCGUCGCAGGCCUCCCAAGAAGACAUAUCUGGACUACACCAUCCAGGGUGGAGGGGAUGAUGGGCCAGACAGGGACACUGGGGAGAGUCUAGUCUUCAACAACGUCCACACUCGAAUCAGCAACAUGGCACAGAGGUUGCUAGCAUUGGAGGAAGAAUCAGAGCCAGAUGAAGAAGGGACUGAUUCAGCUACUGCACAUCAACAGAGAGGUGUGGCUGGCGAGAACACGGAGGCCAGACUGAGAGCAGAGGAGUUGGCAAUAAUCGAAGCUAGGGGAAGGCAGGAGGCAGAGGAGCUAGCAAGCGUUGAGGCCAGAGGAAGACAAGAGGCGGAACUUGCCAGUCAGGAGAUUGAGAGACAGAUGGCUGGACUCCAGGGGAGGAACCAGGAGCUGAUGGCUGAGGUGGAGAGACUCACUCACCUCCUCCUUAAGAAACCUAAGGAAGUGAAGGUACCAUUUGCCAUCCCACCACCACCACCAAAGAUACCCUUGCAAGCCUCGCCAUUUGUGGACACCAAGUCACAAGCAGUCAACACCCUCCUACUGGGAGAGAUGACAUCAUCGAGUGGGACCCACUCACCGCGAGAGUGGUCCACGACUCUCCUGGGAGAGCAGCAGGAGCUGGACAGCAUCCUGGCCGACCUGCUCACUGCCUUCCCUCCUCCACACUCCACUGGAGUGUUUCCAACGGAUCUGGGUAAUGAACUGUUCCUGGCUGCAAAAGUGGUUGGUAAUACACUCGGGGCACUGGUUGAAAAAAUGACUGCAACACAAGAUUUCUGAAUUUACACAUAAAGACAGGGAUAUUUAUAAGCACAUGUAUUAAACUGUCUUUUUAAUAAUAAUUAUUGCUUUUAUUUACCUUACAU